CUCCCUGGCUGCUGCUGCUGCUGCUACACAGUAAUGCUACCAGUGUAAACAACACAGACAUGGCCACGGCAGCUUAUAACUAUGUUGUUACCGCACAUAAACCCACCGCUGUUACAGCCUGUGCCACCGGUCACUUAACAUCACCUACAGACCUGAAUCUUGUGGUUGCACGGAACAACAGGGUUGAACUCCACCUUGUAACUCCUGAAGGACUCCGACCUCUCAAAGAACUCACUAUAUAUGGAAAAAUAGCAUGCAUGCAUCUUUUUACUCCAAUGAAUGAGACCAAAGAUUCGCUGUUCAUUUUGACAACAAGAUACUGUGCUAUGAUUUUAGAGUGUGUAGGUGAUGGAGAGCAUCUUGAAAUACUCACACGUGCCCAUGGGAAUGUCUCAGAUAAAAUUGGUAAACCAUGUGAAACUGGAAUGAUAGCCAUUGUUGACCCCCAAGCUCGGUGCAUUGUUCUGCGUCUUUAUGAAGGCCUUAUUAAAGUCAUCCCACUUGAUAAAGACAACAAUGAACUAAAGGCUUAUAAUAUUCGCGCUCCACUAAUGCGGACAUUUCAAAUUAUGAUCAAAACUCGCUAUACAGUUACCGCGCCUCAUCCGAUGCCGUGGAAGCAAGACAACGUGGAGACUGAAGCAUCGACAAUAAUUGCAGUCCCUGAGCCGUAUGGUGGAGCCAUCAUUAUUGGGCAGGAAACAAUCACAUAUCUGACAGGCACCUCACAUGUUACUGUUGCUCCAGCACUUAUCAAGACAAGCACAAUUGUUUGUUACGGAAAGGUGGAUGCCAAUGGUUCGAGGUAUCUCCUUGGAGACAUGUCAGGUCGUCUGUUUAUGCUGCUACUGGAUAAAUCGGAUGACCGUGCAGAAGCUGUUGUUAAGGUGGAGCUCCUAGGUGAAACUUCGAUUCCCGAGUGUCUGACUUACCUUGACAAUGGAGUGGUCUUCGUAGGGUCUCGCCUAGGAGACUCUCAGUUAAUUAAACUGAAUACAGAAGCGGAUUCAUCCGGCCAGUAUGUGACUGUUAUGCAGACAUUCAACAAUCUUGGUCCCAUCGUUGAUAUGGUUGUGGUUGAUUUAGAGCGGCAAGGACAAGGGCAGCUUGUAACUUGCUCAGGGGCUUUUAAGGAAGGAUCAUUGCGGAUCAUUAGAAAUGGCAUUGGUAUCCAUGAACAGGCUUCCAUUGAGCUGGAUGGUAUCAAGGGUAUGUGGUCACUGAGUGUGAACUCGCCAAAACAUCACAAUACCAUCGUCCUCUCAUUUGUUGGUCUCACUAGGGUGUUGACAUUAAGUGGUGAAGGUAAGGAGACAGAGAUUGCUGGUUUUGUAGCUGACCAACAAACCUUCUUAUCUUCCAACGUUAAAAAUGACCACUAUUCAGGUAUGGGUUUUGUGACAGGAACAUCUUGUCGCUUAGUUAAUGAGAACAACGGACAGCUGGUGUGUGAGUGGCGUCCACCUGAAGGUCGCAACAUCUCUGUGGUUGCUGCCAACACUAACCAGGUGGUGGCUGCAGCAGGACAACACAUCUAUUAUCUCACCAUCCAGCCAUCCAGUUUAAAACUUGAGGCAUCAACCACCGUAGAGCAUGAAGUUGCUUGCCUUGAUGUCUCUCCACUCUGGGAAGAAGAAAUGGCUUCUGUUGUGGCUGUUGGCCUCUGGACUGACAUAUCUGCACGAGUUCUUGCCCUUCCUUCACUAGAAGAAAAUGCCAAAGAGUUUCUUGGAGGAGAUAUCAUACCUCGUUCUAUACUGAUGACUACAUUUGAAGGCCAUCACUACCUUCUGUGUGCCAUGGGAGAUGGGCAGCUUUUCUAUUUCAGUUAUGCUCCAUCUACUGGCUACCUGUCUGAUAAAAAAAAGGUUGUUCUUGGAACGCAGCCUACUACAUUGCGAAGAUUCCGUUCUCUUUCUUCAACCAAUGUAUUUGCUUGUUCAGACAGACCUACUGUUAUCUACUCAUCUAAUCAUAAGCUAGUUUUCUCCAAAGUCAACUUGAGAGAAGUGACACACAUGUGCCCUCUUAAUGCAGAGGCAUAUCCUAACAGUCUUGCCUUAGCCACCAGUGAGGGCAUCACCAUUGGCACCAUUGAUGAAAUACAAAAGCUUCACAUACGAACUGUACCACUGGGGGAAACACCACGACGCAUUGCUUAUCAAGAGGAGACAGAGACAUUUGGAGUAAUAACAAUGCGUGUGGAUGUGAUGGAUAAUAAUGGGUUACGUAGUGGGGGUGCGUGUGCCUCCUUGGGUGCUCACUCUACAUCUGCUGCAUCAACAACUUCCAGCUUGCUCAAACCCCCAGUACAACCACCCCCUGAACCUGGACAAGAAGUAGAAACUCAUAACCUUCUUGUUAUAUCACAAAAUACUUUUGAAGGGGAUGCUAUAGUGAAAGAGCUAAAGAAAGUGGCAGAGAAAGAGAUAAAGGGAGCAUGUUAUUCUCUGUGUGAAUUCCAAGGCAAACUGUUGGCUUCAAUUUCAAGUACUGUGAGGUUAUUUGAAUGGACAAAUGAAAGAGAACUACGUCUUGAAUGUUCUCACUUCAAUAAUGUUGCUGCUUUGUGCUUGAAAACCAAAGGCGACUUCAUCCUUGUUGGAGACCUGAUGCGUUCUAUGACCCUUCUGCAGUACAAGACACUGGAGGGUAGUUUUGAAGAGAUUGCAAGGGAUUAUGACCCCAACUGGAUGACAGCAAUUGAGAUUUUAGAUGAUGAGCUUUUCCUUGGAGCAGAACAUUCUCACAAUCUUUUUGUUUGUCACAAAGAUAGCGCUGCAACUUCUGAUGAAGAACGUCAACAAAUGCAAGAGGUUGGACGAUUCCACCUCGGUGAUUUUGUGAACGUCUUUCGUCAUGGCACACUAGUAAUGCAAGGAGUGCCUGAGGCAUCAACUGUCACCCAGGGAUGUGUUCUCUAUGGCACAGUACAUGGUGCACUCGGACUGGUGACAAGCCUGCAUUUAGAACUAUACAAUCAGCUUCUAGAGAUGCAAAAGCGGCUCGCUCGUAUUAUAAAAUCAGUUGGAAAGAUUGAUCAUGAUUUUUACAGAAGUUUCAGUACUGAGCGCAAAACCGAUAGGUGUGAAGGGUUCAUUGAUGGCGACCUAAUUGAGAGUUUCUUGGACCUGGGCCCAGAGAAGAUGAAGGAAGUGGCACAGGGACUUAUGAUCAACGAUGGUUCUGGGAUGAAAACCGAAGCCACUCCAGAUGAUCUUAUAAAAACUGUAGAAGAACUGACUAGAAUCCAUUGAGUGAACAGAUGACGAGAAAAGUUAUAACCUAGACUUCAAAUGUACAGUCUUCAAAGUAUACACAAACACACACACACACACACACACACACACACACACACACACACACACACACACACACACAUACAUACAUACAUACAUACAUACAUACAUACAUACAUACAUACAUACAUACAUACAUACAUACAUACAUACAUACAUACAUCUCAGUUCAGUAGGAUCCAGAACAACAGGAAACUGGCAGUUACAUCACAACUUACAGCUUACAAAACAGUUGAAUUAUUAGAGCAUGUUCGUUAUUUGUACCUAUUAUAACUUAAUUAUACAGUCUUUGUGGAUCCUUAAUUUUAAAACCUUCAUAUUUCAAAACUUUGAAAUGUGAAGUUCAAAUCAUAAAUAAUAAUAAUAAUAAUAAUAUAAUAUACCAUUAUUUUUCAUAGUUUGGGAUAUUAAGUGAUAAUAAAUGUGUGUAACCUAGCAACCCUAUCUCCUGUAAUAUUUUUAAUUAUUGAAGAAAGAAUUGAAGUCAAGUAAUUAAGUAGAGGAUGUUAAGAAUAUUAUAAAUGGUUUUCUGUGGGCUUUUUGGCAGAUCAAAUUUUUGCUUAACGUAUUCAUAUUUUUUAAUUUACUUUUAUUUAUUGCAGAUUUAUGCUGCAUACAGUAAUAACAGAUAAACUAUAAUCAUAUACUUAUUACAGGCAAGUUUGUAAUAGUUAACAAUAUUUUUGUUUGUAUUUCACUUUUUGUAAACAGUAUUGAGCAAAUUGAUCGAAUUUCAGAGCAUUUUGCAAAAGGGUUGUCAUGAUGUAGGCUAUAUUUCAUCUUCAAAAAACUCAAGGGACAUUGACUUUCUCCUGGGAGCUAUAAAGGGUGUUCUUACACAGCUAGUCAAUAUUUGGCAUUCCCAAAGAGCAGAUUGAGGAAAUCCCUUGAUAGUGAGUCUCCUUUCUGUUAUGGCACCUCCCAAGAGCAAAUUUAGAAACUUAACAGUGGCUCACCUUUCUUUGGUGGUACUUUCAAGGAGAGAGAGCAAAGAAAUAUCCCCAACACUAGGUCACUCUUCUGUGGUGGUACUACCAAGAACAAGUUAGGAAACUGUAAUUUGCAAGUAAUAUUCAUGGUAAUGUUUAGUUAACUUGCUAGGAAAAGGUUGGGAAAAUAUUCUUUUAUCUGAUGUUAUGAAUAUAUUUUAGAUUGAACACCAUAAUGUCAAAUAUAAACUUGAUAGGAAAAUAGGUAGUUACUCCUGGCAAUGUAGGAUAUAUUACUUUACCUUUCUUGAAGCUUUUUUUUAUACAGUGCUUGGAUUAACAUCAGGUAUAUAAUUUACAUACAUAGUAUUGUUAUUUUCAGCCUAGCACAGAAACCAAGUAUUAGGUAGCUUAAAAAUCACCAUCACUAUGGAUAAAUAUAUGUAGAUCAUGUAAAAGAUGGCUGUGUAAUUAUGGUUCUUUGUAUUCAUGCAUAAUGCUGUUUUGCAAGAGAAAUGAUAGAUUAUUUUUUGUGGGUUAGAUUGGAAGUGAUUGAAUAUCUGUGAUGUAAUGGUCUCAGUUUAUCUUAUGAUAGAUGGUGUGUGAUUCAGUUGUCUCUGGUGCACACAUGAAUGCAGAGACAGUAAUUCAGUGGUCACAUAGGUAAGGAUACUCAUAAAUUAUGAUAUUUAUUGUAAAUAAAAUAUGCAGUAUUGCAAAAAAAUUAAAAAUAUAAUUUUCUGGAUAAAAAAAAGCCUUAAAUGUAGGUAAUAUGAUGUUAACAAAUUUGUAUUCUCAGUUAAAAUAGUAGUGCUAUAUUUCUUGCAAUUGUGGAUUGUUUUCUGUAAAUCUUCUUGAGCAAGGCUUUGUUCAUCUGGUUAUUUGUUGUUAUUGCUGGCAGAUCUUUCAUACUCCUUCAACGAUUAACUUUCGACAGACACACACUUGACAGAGAUGCAUACUGUUGAGCGAGUUUUAUGUAGUCAUAAUUUUUUUUGCUCUUAUAUAGCAGUCUUGUAUAUUCAUGCUUUACUUAGAAAUUAGAGUUUAGUUUCUAGUUUAACCCUUUUACUGGCUUGCAAGCUAAAGUUGGUGCCAUAGUAUUAUGCCAAAAUUCUAGCAGUGUCAGAUCUAGCGAGAGAAAGCCGGUAGACCUGCAUGUGAGAGAAUGGGUCUGUGUGGUCAUUAUGUGCAUUAUAAAAAAAGAUCCCGCAGCACACAGUGCAUAAUGAGAAAAAAAACUCCAACAAUGUUUUUGUUUAAAACAUCAAAUUUGAGGUGCAUUUUCAUAUGGUAUUUAUAGUUGUAUUCUCAUUUUCUUGGUCUCACUUGAUAGAAUGGAAGACAUAUUACAGAAAUAGAGAUGAUUUUGAUUGGUUUCACGAUGAAAAGUGCCUUGAAAUUGAGCUCAAAGUAGCAGAAAUGUUAAGGUUUUGCCAAUGUUCAAGAGUAAACAAAUAAUGUCACCGUCCAAUACGUGUCCAACUGGCCAGUCUAACACACAGUCGUGAAUGGGUUGACAUUAUUUACACAAUUAUUACAAUAAUGCAGUAGUCUGCAUAACAGUAAAUCUUCUAUUUUUUGUGUGAAUAAAAAUUCAAAACGGAAAUCAAGAGUAAUAUAAGAGGGGCCUGGAGAUGUGACUAAUGAACAGAGAAAAAAUGUUUCUUUAGUGCCAGGAAUGUCUGCUUUGUUUAUUUUGGACCCUAUUUUGAAACUGGCAUCUUUUGAAAUUUGUAUGAAAUUGGCCAAAUUGCCAAUUUCUGACCACUUUAUUGGGUAGUUGAAAUUGGUAAAUGGGGAAUUUCUUGUACUCAGUCAAUAGAGCAAAUGGAGUUCUAGCAAAAUAGCUAUGAGUUUGGUCAACUUGAACGAUGGAAUUGGCUGAAAAUAGGGCUCAAAUUGGGCAAAAUUGCUGAUGCUUAUAUAUCGCAGAGACCACUAAAUUUAUGAGAGUGUAUUUCCAUAAGUUUUCCAUCAAAUUUCAUACUUUUGGUGUCAUUACCAUCGGGAAGAGAUACUCUGUCAUUUCAUAAGAAAAUUUUUUUUUUUUUUUUAAUUCUUCAACACUGAGAGCUAGUUUGACAGUGAAUGGGUUAAAACAAAUAUUAUGCAAGGAAUGUUGUUUGCUCGUAUUUGAAUAAAAAGCAAAUUUCAGUUAAAAAUCACAUUUAUUGUGAGGUGGAUUCAAAUGUGCAGUAGUGUCUAGAUAAGUUUGUGGGGGGUUAUUCUGUACAUCCAGGAUCUGCCUCUUAACUUUUGAUCUGCUAGUAGGACCUAGCUUCAUCUUAUUUACUUUCAUAUCCAAGGAUGAAGUCAGCUGCUUCUGUAUUAUUACUGAAUACAUUCUACUGUAAUGCUCUUGUGCUCAUUAGCAUGUUUUUUUUUUUUUUCCUCCCCAUUUCUAACCAUAUUCCUUUUUCUGACACUCCCAUGCCUGCAUGAUUGCUUAUUCAAAUUUGUAUUGGAAGGUCUAGCUCUUUAAUUUUUUAAUGAACUUAUGAGAUUUUAUUAUAUCAUAAACUUUUGAAACCCUUUAUGAAGUCUUUAUUUUCACUGGAUCCCCAGGUCAUUCAACCACUUUGCCACUUAUGCUGAAUACUUUUCUUAUAUGUAUGUCGCUGUGUUAAUGUUAAUGUUGCAAUUUUAUAACUGUGGUGUAAGCAUGCCUCUGGCGAGACAGUGAUGGGUGAAUGAUGGAAGUUUUUCUUUUUUCAGGCCACCGUGCCGUGGUGGGAAAUGGCCUGUGUUAAUAAAAAAAAAAUCCCUGUGGUUCAUUUAGGGAUAAAGUUUUUAUAUAUACCCUCCUCAUUCUAGUUUCAUUUGCUGUAAAUAGGCUUCUCUGUCCAUGCCUCAAAAUAUUUGGUAUGUUGUAAAUGUAUUUCAUCCUUUUUGGUCUUUUAGACACAAGGUCUCUCUUUUCUCAGCCCAUAGCACCAUUUUGAAUUCACCGCUUGGGAGUUUUUAAAAGUUUCACUGUGUUUGACUAUGUGAGGUUUCUAUCCUGGCAAUGUUCAUUCAAGGUCACAUGGGAAGUCAGGAGUAUUAUAUUGAACAUCUUGGUCUUAGUUUUUGAAUACCCUUCUAAUGUUUGCUAUAUUAGCUUGUGCUGAUGAUGAUUUAUAAUGUGUAUACUUAGGGAACAGGUUAAGAUUUUUUUUUUUUUUUUUUUUUUGUCUCCUUGCUUCAUUAUUUUGCCUUACUUGAGACAAAAUCCAGCAUCCACUUAUUUGACAACCCUGAAGGUUGUGCAAGUAUUCUUGUAGUUUUCAAUAAUCUUAUUCAGUUGUAUUUCCUUUAUUUUGGAAUCCUGCACAAACAAAGAUGCAGUGGGAUGAAAUAUUAGGAUGGGAAAGAAAGUAUUUGAGUCCCAAUUGGAUAAUAUUUUACCCCAUACUGUUUCUAGCUUGUAUGUGUAUAUAUAUGGUACUUGCCUAUUAAUAUUAGUGAAGAGAGUGGAGGCUAAGAAUUGGGGAAGAUAUUGAAGUCAGUUUGCUCAAAAAAGUGGAGUUCUUGGUAGUAGAAACUCACUGUCAGAUGUAGCACAUCAAGAUGAAAUAUGUGCAUUUUUAUACAAGCAGUAAUUUUCAAAAAAAAAAAAAAUAUCAAGCCCACAUCAUGUAACUGCAAUCCAAAUGUUAAUUUUCUUGAAAAUUUAAAAUACUUUAUCCCACAAAGACAAUAUAAUUUAUAUAAAAUUAAAUUCUAAUAUUGCAAUAGUACCCUAAGUAAUACUCUGAAGUAUAACAAUCCUGUGUGAUCACUAAGGUACAUUCCUGUAUGCAUGCAUGCAUGGGUGUGCAUUAAUAUAAAUAUAUACACGUGUAUAUGUCAGUGUGAAGUGUGAGUGUUUGGAUGCUUGUGAUCGUACACUUUUGAUAUCAAGGUGGGUCUGCUGAGUUUGUGAAGGAACAAAAUUAUUUACAGUGAGAGUACACAUUAGUGCAAGUGGUUGACCAUCUGCAUUAUCAGCAGAGAUAAGUUUGAGCAUACUAAUAGAAGAAUCUGAACAUGAUAAACACAAGUACACUUGCACCUUUGUUCUGCCGUUAAUAUGUGCAAGAAUAUUGCACAAGUACAUAAGCACAUUAAACUCUCAACCAGCCUUUUCCCAUUAUAAUGUUGCUAUGCAGGGCCUACAUCAUUUUGUAUUUCUAAUAACCUGGAAUUUUCCUUUUGCUAAUUCCUGUGGGAUACACCAGGUAUUAGUGGCAAGUGAGUUGCACCUUUGGCUGUCUACUGCUCUGGAUUGCCUUAGUGCUCAGGUCACUUUUUUUUUUUUUUAACCUUGAGAAAGGCUGUAAUGAAAUUUUAAGAGGAAAUGGGAAGCAUUUGAGCUAGAUUAAAAACUGCUCUCCUUGACUUACUAAAUUGUUAUAACACCAUUGUAGACAACUCAUGGAAUGGACAAACAAGAUUUGAAUCCCUAGCAAUCUGGUCCUGAAUACCAAGUAUUGUAUCCACUGUAUCAUGCUGGCCUAAUAAGAUUUGUUCAACUAGAUACGUACUGUAUAUUCCUGUACACUAGGAAGGUUGCGAUAGAUUACGCAAGUGGAAGAAGGAUGGUACAACUGAUUAUUACAAUGUCAGUAUUGGUUUUUUUUUUUCUUUGCAUUUUUAACAGAUGAAUGUCAAACCAACAAGGCUGUGGCAAGAUCUAGCUCAGAUACCUUUGAAGCCAUUUUAAUACCUUGAACUCAUUAGGGCUUGCCAUGGAUAAGAUCCUGCCCAUUCCACAAGUUAUUUGCAAUCAGGUUGUUAUUGUGAUUCAUUGAUGACAAACUUGAAAGGGAUUUGAGCUAGAUCUUGCCAUAGCCAUAUUUCAGCAAGAUUUAUCUGUAAAUCCUUUGUGUGGUCACAGUAGUGCACAUUCUAACCUUCAUAAUGUAUAGAAGUAUACCCCAUUAAACAAAUUUUUAUUUUCAGCAUAGUAAGGUAAUUAGUGCACUGACCGAAUUUUAGAACAAAAUUAACAUGGGUUCAGAUAUUUCCCAUUCUGUGAAAUUGCUAUCCUCUUUCAAUUGUAAUUUUUUUUAUAAUAAAACUGGAAUUUC